AAAUAAUAUGGGGUGUUGACCAUUCCAUUUAAAUAAAUAAACCACCCCCAUAGAAACUCUCUCCCUCUCCCUUCCUCGCGCCGACGCCCUAGCUUAACGGCUUCUGCAGAAUCCGGCAACUCCCCCAAAUUAUCAGCUAAUUUCUUCCGCCAUUUCAGCCGCCACGAGGAAGCCCUAACACCCUAUUUAAGCAGCUAAACAUUAGCCGCCUCUCAAAUUAUCCCAACUCCCUCAGAAAAUUCGCGGAAAUCGCUCAAUUUUUCCAUCCAUCUUCCUCGGCCGAGCAGCGCCACUUCCCGUCGAGGAGACGAACGGCGAGCCUCAACCUCCGACGUCGGGCCGCAACUUCGGCCUCUAACCUCCAGUCCGACCAAGCCUCGAUCUCUUCGAGGUCAGACCUCCGGCCAGCGAACCGAGCGCCGGCGACCGAGGAACGAGCAGCGGCGCGGCUGACGGGAGCAGACUUCCGAAUGUAAGGCGAAACUAGGCGCGAUUGUCGAGAGCCGACCCUUCGUGGCAAGAGGAGUACAACUGGGUGCCGAUAGCAGGCCUCUAUUGCGGCUGAGAGCAGGCCCUUCGGUCGCGGCUGAAGCCCGAUUUUCCGAACGGCAGAUUUACAGCGACCGGGACAUCAGACCUCCGACCAAGCUUUUCACCUCACGUCCGGCGAACCGAGAAUUUCCCCAGCACAUCUGAGCACCCCGUGAGAGCGGCAGUCCAAGACUGAAGUCGAGAAAUACUAGGGGCUGAGACGAGGCCGAGAACCAAGAGCCAUCAACAGCACCGUUCUGGCAGCAACCCGAGCCGAGAACCGACCAAACCGAGCCCCUGCCUUCCUCUGUUUUCACGCACAUGUCCUUAUGCGUCCUUCAACCACUCAAAACCUAGUCUCCCUGUUCCGCUCCGCCGCUGGGCUCGCUUCUAGGCGCUCCGCCGCCGCCAAGAAGAAGAAACCUUCGUCGGCCUCCGCCAGCCCCGGCACCGCCAAAAAGUGUCCCACCUCCUCCUCACCAUUGGCCGACGACGCUGACUUAAAGAAGCACCUCUCCUCCAUUACAUUUUCAUCUUCAUCAUCCUCGGGAUCUGUCAAUCUCCACCUCAAGCAGUAUAAAGCGCCGCUGUCCUCGAAGAUCUCCAAUUCAACUGGUACCACUCUCCACGCUAUUGUCAGUGACAGCUUGAACGCUGAUGGUAGAAGAGGUGGUGACGAUAAAUCAGCAGAGCUGCUGUCUAAUGAUGCGUCCAGUUUAUUGCGUGAUGAAAUGGACCUGGAUUGGGAUGAUGACCAUGAAGGGAAGCAAAGUUUUGGACUUGCUAUCAGCUCAUCAAUAUUAUCCAAAAUGACAAACGACAGUAUAUCGGUGCAGAGGAAAAACAUCCCUCGAGUGAGGAACCAUAAUUGGGUUUAUAAGAACACACAUUGUAAUCGGUUUGCCAAGUUGGUCAAAAUGUGUGGCACGAUGCUGGGAUCAGAGGCUACCAUUGAGAUAUUUGGGAGAUUGGGAACAAAAACGGGCCUUAAUGAAUACAAUGCAUUGAUAAGGAUUUGCAUGGAGAAAGCAAGGAGUACUAAUGAUGAAGAUGUUUCACUGGAGCAAAUUUAUAAGGCAUACCAAAUAUUUAAGUUGGUAAAGGAAAGAGGAUUUAAAAUCGAAGAGGAAAUGUAUGGACAGUUUCUGAUGUAUCUAGUUGAUUAUGGUAUGGUUGACGAGUUCUUUUUCUUCCACGAAAUAAUCAGAGAUAAGAAUCUUGAUUCACUUCCACGCUUAGCUUAUUACGAAAUGCUAUUGUGGAUGAGAGUCAAGAAUGAAGAAAAAGUUCAAGAACUUCUUGGUUCAGUUACGGCUAAUGAAGCGGAAGAGAAAUCAUUAUUUCAAGAGUGUUACAACUAUCUUGCAGAAAGAUUAUUGAUGGCAUUGUGCGAAGGUGACCGCAGAGAAGAUUUUUUAAUGCUACUGGAUAAGAUUGACAUAACUAAAGUUUCGCCAGUUGCAUCUAUACAACGUGUCUUCAGGGCAUUGGGGGAGCAUUUGCUGGAACCUCAUGCAGAAAGAUUUCUGCUGGCGCUGAAAAGAAGUGAUAUUGGAGCUGAAAACAUCUCAAACUUCAUCCAUGAAUAUGCGGUUAGCAUACCAAACUUAGCGGUUGAAGAUAUCGUCAUAAAGUUCAGAAAGUUACAUACUAAGUUUGAGGUGUUGCCGACAUCAACACAGUAUGAGAAGCUCGUUAGAUAUUGUUCUGAAUUCUUCAAGGUACAUGAGGCACUCUGUGUGGUUGAUGACGCGUGCGAAUCUGGAGUUGGUAUAUCAUUAGAGUCAUUUCAUUCAAUAUUAGAUGCUUGUCACAAGCGGUGCGAGUUUAAUCUGGUUCAUCAAAUAAAGUCGAGGAUCUCUCAGCAGAAUCUGAAACCUAAUGAUGAGACCAUCAGGAAGAUGAUACUACUAUAUGUGAAGAUGAAAGAUUUUGAAGGAGCAUAUGAAUUGAUCAACGAUCUACCAAACAUGGGCAUUAAUCCCACAGCUGGCAUGUACAACACUAUAAUGGCUGGAUAUUUCCGUGAGAAAAAGGUUCAGAGUGCUAUAAAUGUUCUCAAAGAAAUGGAAGGUGCAGAUGUCAAACCUGAUGCUCUGACGUACAGCUAUCUUAUAAAUAAUUGCCACUCAGAGAAAGAUAUCAUUAAGUUCUUUGAGGACAUGAGCAACUCAGGAGUUAAACCCACGAGAUGCAUUUUCAUGGCCCUUAUAAAUGCUUAUGCAACCUGUGGACAGAUAGAAAAUGCUAAAAAGGUGAUACUGAAUGAGAAAAUACCAGUAAAGGACUUAAUUGAAGUCAAGGCUGCUCUAAUUGAAGCUCUUGCUGAAAACGGCCAGUUGUCUGAUGCUAUUAAGAUUUACGAAGAAAUCAAGGAAGCUAAGUGUGACCUGAGUCCCAAAUCCAUUAGAUGUCUUAUUGAUCAUUUUCAAUCAGAAGGUGAAUUGCACAAAUCGCUUCAGUUGCUUAAGGAAGUAAAUGGUUCACCCCAUUGGGAUGAUGCCUGCUUUGUAGUCAUAUCCCAUUGUGUUAGAUAUGAAAAUUUAAGGUGUACCAUUGAUUUAUUAAAGCAACUGAAGUAUAAAUACAUGAAUUCUGAGAGGGCCCAAGACGUGCUGUUUGAUGAGGUAUUUUGCUUAUUUGCGGAGAAAGAAUCAAAAGACAUGCAGUUUGGUCUUGAUCUGCUUCAAGCACUUAAAGAAGAACUUGGAGUUAAACCUUCACGAAAAAGCCUGGAUUUUCUUUUGACCGCUUGCGUUAGUGCAAAGGAUUCAAAGGCUUCCUUUAUUAUUUGGAAAGAGUACAAGGCAGCCGGUCUUCCUUACAAUGUUUUAUCUUAUGUUAGGAUGUAUCAAGCUCUUCUCGCCUCAGGUGAUAAUAAGUCUGCAGCAAAGGUGUUAAAUAAUAUAAAGAAAGAUGAUCCCCAUGUUCGGUGUGUUCUCAAGGCAUGCCGAAACAAAUACAUAAAGCUUCCAUCAGUUGAGAGAAGGCAGAAGAAAAAAAAGAAGGCACUAGUGGCAACAUUGGGGUUGAUGGAUGCAUUGGGAGCCAAUACCAAGUAAUUAAAAAACUAUGUUAGGCAAUACAGAGAAGUCCCAAGGGAAUUGGGUUAAUCUUUUCCUAAAAGCCUUUGUUUUUUAUAGCAGUCUAUUUGAUGCCAUUCAAUAUGGCAAAUUUGGAUAAUGUAGCUUAAGGGCAAUGUGAAUCUGUCAUGUUGAAGAACUAGCAAAUUUGUGUUGAUUAUGUAUAUAUGGGCGAAUGCUUUUCUUGUUCAUUUCAGUCUUUUGAAUGUAUAAAUAGAACAAAUCACACCCAGAAUGGUAUGCAUGCUUGGUAAUAAAUUCGUGUGAUGAUUCCAGUUGACG